GUCGCUGAUCCACGUUUCGAGAUCCAGAACGAACGUGAAGACAACGACGCCCCCUAUCCCUUCCCUUAUCGACCCUCAACCACGAGUCGCGAAUUUAUGCCGAUUUUAGAGACAGGUCAGCGAAAAAGACCGGUGUGAUUGUAACCACGCGUAUUCGCGAGUGCAGUGUCAACUGGGCGAGGAUUUUUAAGGGUGUUUCAUCGGCUGAUGACCGGGGAGAUCCAGAAGAAUUCAGCACUCAUGCUCUAGUAAAGGCUCCUAGAAUCCAGGAUACUGGCGCAGGAUGUGGUGCCUAGCCGUCACUGUAUUCCUACUAGCAUCGAGUGUCAGAGCCAAGGUGGCUGUUUUGCCCCACGAUGUCUACCCUGGCUUCGAGGUGACGCACUUCCAGGGCGGCAAGCACAACUCCAACUUCAAAUUACUGGAGACUGGCUUUUCCAGGUACUUCACCGUCCUGGACAAUGGAAUCGUCAUGACAACAUCAGAUCUGAGUCCCUUAGUCAACCGACCAGUGAAUCUCAUAGUCCUCGAAGAGCUUGCAAACAAGACUGAGACUCAUGACCUUCACCUCUAUGUCAUCAAUCGAAGGAAUAUAUUGACCUUCUCCCACGAUCAUCUAGGAGAAGGUCAAGUCCUCGAAAACACACCACCAGGAACCUUAGUAGAAGGUUUUCCAGUUUUGAAAGCUAGAGGAAAAUUUCCAGUUCACUACACAAUCCUUCUAGAAGAAGAUGGAGAAAGGCCCUUUGCCUUGAUUGACACGAUCUCCAAAGAAACUGGAUUUAAUCUUACUCUUAGGAACCACAAGCAAGGUGUCAAAGUAGUCACAGCCAAACCACUAGAUAGAGAGAAAAAAAGAUCAUACAAUGUUGUUAUUAACGCUUCGGAUAAAGAUUUCAUCAGCACUUCAACAGUCAGCGGAGCUGUUGAAGUUGUUGAUGAAAAUGACAACAGUCCUAUUUUUGAAAAUGUCGUUUACACUUUUGAAAUCUCACCAACGAAUCUGAAGACUUUGGAUAAGGACCUUGUGCCCCAGUGGAACAGGUUUUCAACGAUUGGAAAGGUUUUGGCUACUGAUGCUGAUGGAGACAAGGUGGCUUAUAAACUGAUGACUCCUAGUAAUCUGGUAAUCGUUGUUCCUCAAACUGGAGAACUUUUGUUAGCUGGAGAACCAAAUAUUGCUGCUGAUGAAGAUGAAGAGUGGCAGUUGUUGGUUGAGGCUCAUGAUCUUCGAUUUCCUAGCAAGGUUUCUGAUGCACCUGCGAGGGUGGUUAUUAGACUUCUGACUGCUCCGCCACCUGAACCAGAGGUUCAUAAGAUUCAGAAGAGAAGAGUGACUAGAGCUGUGAGGCCUACCAAAAAGAUAGAAUUUACUGAAGCUGAUGGAGAUGUUGAGGGCAAGAUUGCUUUUUAUCUUGAAAAGGAAACUGAGCGAGAGACCUAUAAGAUUAGAGAUGAGAACAAAUGGGUCACAGUGGGGUCUAAUGGGUCGGUUCGGGUCAAACAAAAGUGGGACUACGAAGAACUGGGCCCUGAGAAGACGAUUGAUUUUUGGGUUACGAUUCACAAUGCAGGAUUACAAUAUACUGAUAAUCAACGGGUCAUCAUUAACGUCAAGGAUGUCAACGACGAGCCACCGUACUUCAUUAACAGGCCAUUGCCUAUGCAAGCAGUCGUGCAACUCAAUGCACCUCCCAACACGCACGUGUUCACACUUCAGGCCAGAGAUCCUGACACCGAUCACAACAUCCACUAUUUUAUUGUCAGAGAUCGAACCGGUGGUCGUUUCGAGGUAGACGAACGAUCUGGAGUAGUAAGAACUCGAGGUACAGACCUUUUUCAAUUGGAUAUGGAAUAUGUACUUUACGUGAAGGCUGAGGAUCAGAAUGGUCGCAUCGAUGAGAGGAGAUUCCAAUCGACGCCUGAGGAGAGAUUAUCAAUCGUUGGUGGAAAAAGGGCACCUCAAUUUUACAUGACAGCUUACGAGGCAGAGAUUCCGGAAAAUCAGAAAAAAGAUUCUGACAUCAUAUCUGUAAAGGCCAAAUCAUUUGCUGAUCGAGAAAUCAGGUACACUUUGAAAGCUCAAGGCCAAGGAGCCGCAGGAACCUUCAAUAUUGGUCCAACUUCCGGAAUUGUAAAACUGGCCAAAGAAUUGGAUUUUGAAGAUUUACGACAACCACACAUUUAUUCUUUGAUAGUCACAGCUACGGAAGAUUCGGGUGGUUUUUCCACAUCAGUUGAGCUGACUAUAAGAGUUUCGGACGUCAACGACAAUGCACCAAAGUUCGAAUUACCAGAUUACCAAGCUCACAACGUCGAUGAAGAUAUUCCACUGGGCACUAAUAUUCUCAAGGUCAAGGCGACUGAUGCAGAUUCUGGUACCAAUGCUGAAAUAGAAUAUCUGGUCUCGGAUGAUCACUUUAGCGUUGAUUCUAGUGGUAUAAUCGUAAAUAACAAACAACUGGAUGCUGAUAACAACAACGCUUACUACGAAUUUGUUGUUACUGCAAAAGAUAAAGGCGAACCUUCGAAAACUGGAACAGCAACAGUCCGAAUAUACACAAAAAAUAAAAACGACGAAGAGCCGAAAUUUUCACAGCAGGUCUACACCCCUAACGUGGAUGAAAAUGCUGGACCAAAUACAUUAGUGACAACUGUAGUUGCCUCAGAUAAGGAUGGUGACAACGUUCGUUUCGGAUUUGUCGGAGGAGGAACAGCUUCGGGCCAAUUUGUCAUCGAAGAAAUCACAGGUGUAAUUCGUUUACAUGGAAAAGACAUCAGUCUAGAUCGAGAUAAGUACGAACUGAAUGUGACAGCGAUGGAUGAUGGAGCUUGUUGUCUAAAUGGGGACCAGAAUAUCCACACGAGCACUGCCGUGGUUGUCGUUUUUAUAACUGAUGUUAACGAUAACAAACCUGUUUUCAAAGAUUGCGGUACCUAUUAUCCAAAAGUGGAAGAGGGUGCUCCCAAUGGGAGCCCGGUUAUUAAGGUGCAGGCGACUGAUGAAGAUAAGGGUGUCAACGGACAGGUCAAAUACUCAAUAGUACAACAACCUAAUCAAAAGGGGACCAAAUUCACUGUCGAUGAAGAAACUGGACAGGUUUCUACAAAUAAGGUGUUUGAUCGAGAAGGGGACGAUGGAAAGUUUGUCUCAGUAACUGUGAAAGCAACAGAUCAAGGCGAACCAUCAUUAGAAGGGGUUUGCUCUUUCACGGUUGAGAUAACAGACGUAAACGACAAUCCGCCCUUAUUUGAUCGUCAGAAAUACGUUGAAAACGUGAAGCAAGAUGCCAGUAUAGGAACCAACAUUCUGAGAGUAUCAGCCUCCGACGAAGAUGCGGACAAUAAUGGUGCCAUAAUGUACUCCCUAAGUGCUCCCAACAACGACCAAGGCCUGGAGUACUUCGAAAUUCAACCAGAGUCUGGUUGGAUCGUCUUGAAGAAGCCAUUGGACGAGCAGCGAGACAGGUAUCGCCUGAGAGUACGUGCCUCCGACAGAGGGACACCACCCUCGUACGCAGACGUGGACGUUGAGUUAGACGUCGUAGACAGAAACAGUAACCCUCCUAAGUGGGAUCAGAGCGUAUACGGCCCCAUUCACAUCAAAGAAAAUGUCACAGUGGGUACUAAGGUGACGCAGGUGAAAGCCAGCUCUGGCAUUGAAAAUAAUCCUGUGGUUUUUUACCGCCUAAUGCCUGGAUCCACUGCGCAAACCAACAAAUUGCACACCUUUUAUCUUCAACAACGAUCCGAUAAUUCGGUCACGUGGGCCGACAUAAAGGUUAAUCAGCCUUUAGACUAUGAGAGCAUUAAGGAGUAUAAUCUCACCAUUCGUGUCGAGAAUAAUGGAGCCCAACAACUGGCAUCAGAAGCAACUGUGUACAUCAUGUUGGAGGAUGUGAAUGAUGAAAUUCCACUCUUCACGGAGCGAGAACAAGAAACAGUUUUGGAAGGCGAACCCAUUGGUAGCAAAGUAACCCAAGUCAACGCCAUCGACAAGGAUGGUACCUUCCCCAAUAAUCAGGUUAAUUACUAUGUUGUGGAUAGUGACCGAAAUGAGGGGAAGGAUUAUUUUGAGAUUAACAGGGAUACAGGAGAAGUUUUCACCAGAGUCGUUUUCGAUCGUGAAAAGCAGGGAGCCUAUGCGCUGGAAGUUGAAGCUAGGGAUGGAGCACCUUCAGCUCGUCCAAACAGCAAUGGCCAACACAACUCCGUAACGAAAUUCAUCCGUAUUGGUAUUGCUGAUAAGAACGACAAUCCACCCUAUUUCGACAAGGGCCUCUACGAGGCUGAGGUAGACGAAAAUGAAGACAUUCAGCACACAGUGCUCACUGUUACCGCCAAGGAUCACGAUGAGUCCUCGCGUAUUCGAUACGAGAUUACAAGCGGUAACAUAGGUGGAGCUUUCGCUGUAAAAAAUAUGACCGGAGCCAUUUACGUCGCGGGUGCAUUGGAUUACGAGACGAGAAAAAGAUACGAGUUGAAAUUAACAGCCUCGGAUAAUUUGAAGGAAAAUUACACUACAGUAGUGAUCCACGUAAAGGAUGUAAAUGAUAACCCUCCAGUAUUUGAGCGUCCCACAUAUAGAACUCAGAUCACUGAAGAAGAUGACAGAAAUUUGCCAAAGCGAGUUCUGCAGGUCACUGCAACCGAUGGCGAUAAAGACAGGCCUCAGAACAUAGUCUAUUUCCUGACUGGACAGGGUAUCGAUCCGGACAAUCCAGCCAAUAGCAAGUUCGAUAUAAACCGUACAACUGGUGAAAUCUUUGUCCUUAAACCUUUGGACAGAGAUCAACCUAAUGGCAGGCCACAAUGGAGGUUCACAGUUUUUGCUCAAGAUGAAGGUGGUGAAGGUCUAGUGGGAUAUGCUGAUGUUCAAGUUAAUUUGAAGGACAUCAACGACAAUGCUCCCAUUUUCCCUCAGGGUGUUUACUUUGGAAAUGUGACUGAAAAUGGCACAGCAGGAAUGGUCGUAAUGACUAUGACUGCUGUGGACUAUGACGAUCCUAGUGAAGGAACAAAUGCCAAACUGAUGUAUUCCAUCGAAAAGAACGUCAUCGAAGAAGAGACUGGAUCGCCAAUCUUCGAAAUCGAACCCGAUACGGGAGUGAUUAAAACUGCUGUCUGCUGCUUGGAUCGAGAACGAACGCCAGAUUAUUCGAUACAAGUGGUUGCGAUGGAUGGAGGGGGGUUAAAAGGGACUGGGACGGCAUCGAUACGAGUAAAAGAUAUAAACGACAUGCCGCCCCAAUUCACAAAAGAUGAAUGGUUCACAGAGGUGGAUGAAACUGAUGGUCCAGAUUUGCCUGAUGUGCCCAUUCUGACUGUCACCGUUCACGACGAGGAUGAAACCAACAAAUUCCAAUACAAGGUCAUAGAAAAUAGUGGAUACGGUGCAGACAAGUUCACGAUGGUUCGAAACAACGAUGGGACUGGGUCUCUGAAGAUUGUUCAGCAGCUAGAUUAUGAGGAUCAACUGCAAAGUAACGGCUUCAGGUUCAGGAUACAGGUCAACGAUAAGGGCGAGGACAACGACAACGACAAGUAUCACGUAGCAUACUCCUGGGUAGUGGUAAAGCUACGAGAUAUUAACGACAAUAAACCUCAAUUCGAGAAAGCUAAUAUCGAAGCGACAGUUCCAGAAAAUGCUAAUAUUGGAAACAAUUUGGAAACUUUUAAAGCUAUUGACCCUGAUCAAGGUGGAAAGAGUAAAGUAUCCUACUCCAUAGAUCGUACUUCCGACAGGAAGAGACAGUUCUUCAUCAACGAGAAUGGAACCGUCUCGAUUCAGAGGAGCCUUGAUCGAGAGGAAACACCAAGACAUCAAGUUAAAAUUCUCGCGAUAGAUGAUGGAAUUCCUCCUAAAACUGCAACAGCUACACUGACUGUUAUCGUCCAGGAUAUCAACGAUAAUCCACCAACUUUCUUGAAAGAUUAUCGACCAGUUCUUCCGGAAUAUACGUUACCGAAGAGGGUUGUUGAGAUUCUGGCUACUGAUGAUGAUGAUAGAUCAAAGAGUAAUGGUCCACCCUUUACCUUCAAGAUGGAUCCGGAAGCUGAUGACGUGAUAAGGGCUAGCUUUAAAGUCGAGAGUGAUAACAAGGGAGCGAAUGGAGACGGAAUGGCGAUAGUAUCAUCUUUAAGGUCAUUUGAUAGAGAACAACAAAAGGAAUACUUGAUCCCAAUUAUCAUCAAGGACUCUGGUGAUCCACUCAUGUCUGGGACUAGUACUCUGACAGUCAUCAUAGGCGAUAUUAACGACAAUAAGAUGCAACCUGGAUCGAAGGACAUCUUUGUAUAUAAUUAUGCAGGACAAUCUCCAGAUACAGAGAUUGGCAGAGUCUACGUUUAUGAUUUAGACGACUGGGAUUUGCCAGAUAAGAAGUUCUAUUGGGAGGGAUUAGAACAUGCUCAAUUUAAGCUAGACGAGAACAAUGGAAUGAUAUCCAUGAGAGCUGGAACACACGAUGGAAGAUACAAUCUCCGUUUCAAAGUUUAUGACAGGACGCAUACACAGACUGAUGUACCUGCGAAUGUAACAGUAACUGUUAAAACCAUUCCUCAUGAUGCUGUUAUAAACUCUGGAUCUGUGAGGAUAUCUGGCAUUUCGGAUGAGGAUUUCAUCAGAGUCUGGGAUUACAAGACACAAACCUUAUCCAGAAGCAAGGCUGAACUCUUCAGGGAUAAACUGGCUGGUUUAUUAAAUAUAGAAAAAGAAAAGGUUGAUGUCUUCAGCGUUCAGUUAAGAAGGAAGCAUCCUCCUCUAACUGAUAUCAGAUUUGCUGCUCAUGGUUCUCCGUACUACAAACCUGUGAGGCUAAAUGGAAUUGUACUGAUGCAUCGAGAAGAGAUUGAGAAAGACGUCGGAAUCAACAUUACGAUGGUUGGAAUUGAUGAAUGUUUAUACGAGAAUGAAAUGUGUGAAGGCAGUUGUACAAAUACUCUUGACAUCAGUAAUUUGCCCUACAUGGUUAAUGCCAACAAAACUGCACUUGUUGGAGUUCGUGUUGACGUGAUUGCGGAGUGCACUUGUGGAGCUAGAAACUUCAGCAAGAGUGAAUCCUGCAGAACUAGUCCUUGUUACAAUGGUGGUCGCUGUGUCGAAGGUCGAUUUGGACUAUCUUGCCAAUGCCCUGCUGGUUAUAAUGGACCGAGAUGUCAGCAGACAGCCAGAAGUUUCAGAGGUAAUGGAUGGGCUUGGUACCCUCCACUUGAAAUGUGUGACAACAGUCAUUUGAGUUUUGAAUUCAUCACGAGAAAACCAGAUGGGUUGUUCCUUUACAAUGGACCAAUUGUUCCUCCAGAACCUGACGAAAUUUUGGUAUCUGACUUCAUCUCAGUGGAACUUCAUCGAGGAAUUCCAAGAUUACUCAUAGACUUUGGAUCGGGGACUCUGGAGCUUAAAGUAAAAACCAAGAAAUCCCUGGAUGACGGCGAAUGGCACAGGAUUGAUAUAUUCUGGAAUACAGAAAUUGUGAAGCUGGUCGUCGACUUCUGUAAAUCAGCAGAGAUCUCUGAAUUAGAGGAUGGAUCCCCACCUGAAUUUAAUGACACCAGCUGCCAAGCAACUGGAAUCGUGCCUCCCUUCAAUGAGUACCUGAAUGUAAACUCCCCCCUGCAAGUUGGUGGUCUCUACUACGAACAGUUCGACCCAGAUCAGUUCAGAUGGAAGCACAUUUGGGCAGGCACGAAUUUCGAUGGUUGCAUCAAAAAUCUCUUCCACAACAGCAAACUCUACGAUCUCGCUCAUCCUGGAUUAUCUAGAAACAGUGUGGCUGGCUGUCCACAAACUGAUGAAAUUUGCAACAACCAGGAGUCUACCUUCCGCUGUUGGGAACAUGGAACUUGCGUUGGCAGUUUUGUCGAAGCCAGAUGUCAGUGCAAUCCUGGAUGGACUGGUCCUGGAUGUAUGACUGCGACAAUUCCGACAACUUUCAAGCCUCAGAGUUAUGUCAAAUAUGCACUUUCGUUUGAACCGGACAGAUUUUCAACACAAAUGCAGCUGAAGUUUAGAACGAGGGAGGAGCAUGGAGAACUCUUUAGGGUCAGCGAUCAGCAUAAUAGGGAAUAUGCUAUUUUGGAGAUCAAGGACUGCAGGCUACACUUUAGAUACAAUCUGAACAGCCUUAGGACUGAAGAAAGAGACAUCUGGCUAACAGCGAUUGCCGUUAAUGAUGGACAGUGGCAUACUGUUAGGGUCUCACGAUACGGAUCCGCAGCAACACUUGAGUUGGAUGGUGGAGAAGGUCGAAGGUUCAACGAAACAUUUUCCUUCGAAGGACAUCAGUGGCUCCUCGUUGAUAAGCAAGAGGGUGUCUUCGCAGGUGGCAAGGCCGAAUAUACGGGAGUCAGAACAUUUGAAGUCUAUGCAGACUACCAAAAAGGUUGUUUGGAUGACAUCAGGCUAGAAGGAAAACAUCUUCCCUUACCACCGGCAAUGAACGGAACUCAAUGGGGUCAGGCUACGAUGGCGAGAAAUUUGGAAAGGCAUUGUCCUUCGAAUAAGCCGUGUGCUAAUGUUAUUUGUCCUGAUCCUUUCGAAUGCAUUGAUCUCUGGAAUGAGUACGACUGCACAUGCGGAGAAGGAAGAAUACCUUCACCAGAUAAUAAGGGUUGCAUGGAUAAAAAUGAGUGUAUUGAUUAUCCAUGCCUAAAUGGGGGCAGAUGUAUCAACCAAGAUCCAAGGUUCAGAUACAGGUGCAUUUGUCCGCCAGGAUUCUGGGGAGAAAAUUGUGAGCUGGUCCAAGAAGGACAAACUUUAAAAUUGGGAAUGGGAGCACUCGCAGCGAUAUUAGUGUGUCUUCUGAUGAUUUUGGUCCUUGUCUUGGUAUUCGUGGUCUACAACAGAAGAAGAGAGUCCCACAUUAAGUAUCCAGGGCCAGACGAUGAUGUCAGAGAAAAUAUUAUCAAUUAUGAUGAUGAAGGUGGUGGAGAGGAUGAUAUGACAGCGUUCGAUAUUACGCCUCUUCAGAUACCAAUUGGUGGUCCGCUUCCAGAAUUGGGUGGAAAAUUGCCACCUUGCAAAAUAGCAUAUCCUCUGGGGCCAGAACCAAAUGUGGGUAUGUUUAUCGAGGACCACAAGAAGAGAGCCGACAGCGACCCUAACGCACCACCUUUCGAUGACCUUCGAAAUUAUGCUUAUGAAGGUGGCGGAAGCACGGCAGGCUCCCUUUCGUCGUUAGCUUCCGGCACAGACGAUGAGCAGCACGAGUACGAAUACUUGAGUGCUUGGGGUCCCAGAUUCGACAAGUUGUCCGACAUGUAUGGUCCAACUGAAGAAAGCGAAGAGGAGGAAUAAAACCUCCAAAAAAAUUUCCUCAUGCACAACUGUCAUCGGACUGUGUUUGUGCUCUAGUAAAAUCACAUGGACGUUUUAAAAAGAACGCGAUAGCUCAUCCAGGGCAAUGUGUUAAUUGAGUAAAAAUACUCUCGUGAACUCUAGUUGUUCCAAAGAAACAAAAACAAAAAAAAAAGAAACCAGUUCCGCAACUUAUAUUAUGUACAACGUAGAAAAUGACGUGAUCGAUCUUAACGACGUUAAAAAAAGACACAAACAUUCACAACAAUCCUUAUCCAGAAUUGAAGAUUGACUAGAUAAUUAUAAUGAUAAUUGACCUAGUCAGUCAUAGGUGAAAAAUAUUGCCGGGGAAUCACAAAAAGAGGCGAAACAUUAAACGAUAUUCGGUGGGUAUUUAUUUAUCUUCAACAUUCAGAAAAAAUAUGAUUUUCUGGAUCUUCAAGAAUAGGGAUUUACUGUCCAACUUGGUUUUGUAGAUACAAUCAAAAAAGUUUCGCUUUCGGUGUGAUUUGUAGAAAAUUAAUAGAGUCCUUCCGAAUUUUAGAUUCAUAUUCGGGAGAAGUUGCAAUAUUUUUCACUGGGCAAUUUACCAAUGAAGAAAUGUUAAAAAUUCAUACAUUAAAUUAAAUCAUUCAUACACUUAUUCCUACACUUAUUUGUACACUUAUACACUUACAUCUCAUUCAUAAUUCUCGAACGAAAGUAUAACACAUAAAAAGACGAUCUGGACCGAUCGUUCUAAACGAGUACAUUCUAAGAUUAUUUAUUAAAACGAAAAGCCCGGCUUUCGCUGGCAUAAAUCGAAGGAUGGACUUUGCAAUAAUUUCCAACUUAUUAUUAAUUAAAUAUAACUAAAGGAAAGAUUCAUAACUAUUUGUAUAGUUCGUUACGCGUACACGUAGUCAUCCCUCGCAUGUAUACGUAACGUGAGGUUUUCUAUGGAUUCGUUUAUUUAUUAAAUACAUAUAGUAUAUCCGGACCAUUAAAAACGAUCGUUGCUACCCAUAGACUAUGUUACCAAUAAGAUUAUUAUCACAAUUAUCAUUAAUUAUCGUAAAUUAAUUUUUAUGAUCGACCUCUGUCAACUAUCACAUCUGACCGUGCCACAAAGAUCUCACAGUCGACGAUGUCCUUUUAUACCCCAUUUGAUUACUUUUAUACAAAUAUUUUUAAAGGUCGUUUCAUUAUAAGUCAUUUUUUAUAUAUAUCAAAGUUCUCGCAAACCUUCUUCGACUGACAGCUACAAAAACUGCGUUAUCAUAGACAAAACGUGCCAUCUAUGAUAUAAAAGUUUGGUAUACUUUUAUUGUACGGGGUUGGGUAAUUAAAAAAAUUAUUUAUUUGACCAUCCGGCUUGAGAACGAAGAAAACCAGUUUAGUGAAGGAGGAAUAAAAAACUGCACAUGUCUCUCUAUAAAUGUUGCGUUCGAUGAAGAAAAAAAAGAAACAAACAAUAUACUCGCAUCGCGAUGAAUCUUACUACCGUUCUUUACUCGAAUCGACUGAUUUGUAAAAUUCUCAACGGGAUAUUAAUAGUCAAUUUACCUGUUAGGUCACUUAUCCAUUAAGAGUACAUAAAGAAUAAGUAAUGUACGAAAUAUGUAAUUACGUGUAUGACAAGUUCUUCAUUUGACAGAGCAUACACGAUUCGUAAUUGUAUAAUUGUCCUAAUUAUUGUCGACGCACUACGUAUCGUUUUGCGAUUUGUGAUAUUAAUUUUCGUAUAAAUGGUCGCGCCAAUCCCUAAGGUUUUGCUAGUCUAUUCUUUAGUAUAAGUUUAUCUUUAAAUUUCUUCCUAUUCUUUUUUUUAUCUUUUCCCAUCCCAUCGAGUGUAGCAUAAACAGUAUUCCAGAGACUGGCAUUAGGAAACGAGAGUUUAUCAUUAUAAAUCUGAGUUGCGUGUGUGCAGUGGCAUGAAAGAAAAUGAUGAAUUAGAGUUAGGAAACAGCCGUUAUGUAUGUAAAUUUAUGAAUAAUUAAGAUUAAUUCUCCGAAAGCUCGACCCAGGUACCUCCUAAGAACACUUGCGAAUAUGACAUUGGAAAUGUGUAAUUGCAUGUAAAUAUCAAGCGAGGAGAGCACGCAUGAAAAUAAGAAAUGAUGCUGUACCCAGAAAGAGAUUUUUCAUUAAUUUAAUAUUUAUUAAUAUUUAUUUUUUAUUUAAUUGAUUAGGGCUGACAUACAUUGUUUUCCUAGGUAAAAUAUGCGGCAUUUAUCGGUUUUCAACAAAAAGUUUGUUGGAAACAUUUUCUUUGCUACUUAAAUGUUUAGGUGAAUUAGGAAAAAAUUAUUUUAAGUUGUAUCUUGCGAAUGAAUUGAUACAAAUUAAUUUGGAUUGAGGAAGCGUGUAGUGCAAUCUUUCAAAUUUCUUAAAGAAAUUUGAGAAAUCUAAAAAAUUAUCCAGACGACAUAAAUUGGUCGAAAAAGUAAAUUUUCUGAAGAAGGUCGGCUAUUUUUUCAUAUAGAAAAAAAAUAUUUUUUAUAAUUUGAAAUGCAGUUUUCAAAAUAUGAUUUUUUUUUAAAUUAUUCUUUUAUGUCUUAAAUAAGCUAUAAUCAUA